ACAGGAAAUUGAACCGUCUUCCCACAAAACAAGUGCCAGAAGUAUUUUGCAGAAUAGGGUAUUUAAUCAUGAAGAUCGCAGUACCAUGUCUUUUUAUAGCAGUUAUUCUGCUUACAGUGCAGUCAGUGGAACCUAGACAUACUACAAGGGUGUUGGAAUGUUCCCAGACAAAUUACAGGCCUCGGAUUCCUGAUCUACUGAUCAGACAUCAAAGUGAUCGUGGACCUUUUGAAGUUACAAGUACAAUGACUAAAACCAGUACCACGGGGUCUAGCAUGCCUAUCGGAAAUACAAAUCUUGAUGCAACUACUAAUUUACAAAGUCAUCUUAAAGUCACAAAUUUAACAACUGCAUAUUCCAAUCAGCCGAUCGGAAAUAUAAACCCUGAUAUUUCUGUUCAAGUUGACAAUACUCGCACAUUGACUGAAACAACUACAAAUCUGAAUGUGCCUACUGAUGUUCAAAAUCAGUUUGUAAUGACCAAAACAACAACAAGCAGCUCCAAUAUACCUGCUGAUGUUCAAAGUCAGUUUGGAAUGACCAGAACAACAACAAGUAGCUCCAAUGUGCCAAUCGGAACUGUAAAUUCUGAUGUGUUUAGUGAUAUUCAAAAUCAGCAAACAGUGACUCAGACAACUGUUGGAGAUUCGGUUUUGCCUGAUGAUGCUCAAGGUCAGUUAGGAAUAACUAAAACAACUGUUUCAAGCUCUAAUUUACCUGCUGGAAACAUAAACUUGGAUAUGCCACAUCAAACAAUGUCUGAUAAGACGGCUAUAGGUUCUAUUGCAUCUGCCGAAGUCGACGAAAGUCUGAUUAAGAAGACUGAAGCUCCUCUUUAUUAUGUGACUAAAACUGCUAAUUUUGAUCUGUCUGCUACAGACAAAAAUCUAGGUGCAGUGACUAAAAUCACUACUAUGGAUUCUAGUGCACCUAGUGAUAUUCAAAGUUUGACUGGGUUUAGUAAAACAGUCACUACAAGUUUUGGUCAGCCUGCGGGAAAUGUGAAUUUUAAUGUGCCUAGUGAUGUUCUAUCCAUGACUGGAGCUAGUAAAACAAUUACUACAGGUGCUGAACAGCCUAUGGGGAAUGUAAAUUUUAAUGUGCCUAUUGAAGCUCAGAAUCAACCAAUUGUUACUGAAACAACUACUACGGACUCUAAUAUGCCUACUGAUGCCCACGGUCUGUUCGGAUUAUCUAAAACAAUUACAACAAGUUCUAACGAGCCUGUUGGAAACAUAAACUUCAAUGUACCUUCCCAGAGUAAUCUCGGAGGGAUUAAAACAACAGCUACUACAAAUUAUAACACUCCUGCUGAUAGUCAAAAUCUGUUUGGGAUGACUAAAACAACUACUACAAGUUCUAAUAUUCCUACCCAAAAUAUAAACUUUGACAUGCCUAUUGAAAACCAGUUCAAAGUGAUUAAAACAACUACUACUACUAAUUCUAAUAUACCUACUGAUGUUCAAAGUCUGAUUGGAAUGAAUGCAGGUGCUACUACAAGUUCUAAUAUCCCCUUUGAUGCUAUAAACUUUGCUAUGCCUACCCAGAAUCAAUAUAGAGUGAUUAAAACAACUACUUCAAAUUCCAAUAUGCCUAUAGAAGGCUUAAAUUUUGAAAUGCCUACAAAUCUGCAAGGUCAUAUUAAAAUCACUAAUGCAACCACUACAUAUAUGCCUUCUGAUAUCCAGAGUCUACUUGGAGGGUCUAAUGCUACUAUUAUGUAUUCUAAUGUACCUUUUGACGGCCAAAGCCUGCUUGGGGGAACUAAUACAACUAUUAGGUAUUCUAAUCUACCGUUUGACGGUCAGAGUCUCCUUGGAGGGACUAAUACAACUAUCAGAUAUUCUAAUCUACCUUUUGACGGUCAGAGUCUCCUUGAAGGGACUAAUACAACUAUCAGAUAUUCUAAUCUACCUUUUGAUGGUCAAAAUCUUCUUGGAGGCAUUAAUGGCACUGUUACGUACUCUAAUCUACCUUCUGAGGUUCAGAAUCUUCUUGGUGUGACCAAAACAACUACUACGAAUUCUAAUGUGCCCAUAGGAAAUAUGAACUUUGAUUUACCUACUCAAAGUCACUUCACAAUGUAUAAAACAACUACUACGAAUUCUAACGUCCCGGGUGAAAAUAUAAAUCUCGACGACGCUAGUCAACUACAGAAUCAGUAUUCAAUGACUAAAACAGUUACUACAAGUUCUAAUAUACCUAUGGAUGCUCAAAAUUUGCAAGGAAUGACUAAAACAACUGUUACAAGUUCUAAUCUGCCUAUCGAAAAUGUAAACUUCGAAGUCCCUCAAAAUCAUUAUAAGGUAACUAAAACAACUACAACGACUUCAAAUGUGCCUGUUCAACCUCAGAGUUAUCACACAGUAACUCAGACAUCUACUUCGCAUACUCACAAACCUAAAAAGCAUCAUCAUCAUCACAAAGUUACGAAAACAACCACUACUCAGCACCACAAGUCCCAUCAUGAAAAUUAGGGAAAAAACGUUAAUGCUGGUAUAGACCCUAGAAAUGUUUUAAUGAAGAAAAUUGCUUCAAAUACUAUGCAGAAUGUAUCUGCAGGCAAACAUUUGGAAUCUAUUUCCGUGGGCUAUGGAAUAUCUGAUAUUAAUAAUUUAUGUAUUUGCUUUGCUUCUAAUUUCAGAUUUGUAAAAGAAAAAAGAAUAAAGACCUGAUCUUCACAAGUUU